CCGCCCGCCUGCUCGUUAACGUUCACAUUUCCCACGCCACGCCAGUACACCACUCUGCGCCUACUCCCUCCCUCCCCCGUAGUGCCGUCCCGUCCCGUCUCAGCCGCCUCGCUCCUCCGACUCCGUUCCCCCACCUCGCCCCACCGCUGCCGCCGCCGCCGCAGCCGUCCUCGGGGGAGGCUUCCGCGAGCACCCGCCGCGCUCCCCGCCGGCCCGGCCCCGCGGCUCGCGGCGAGCAUUCCGAGCUCCGGGUCUCCGGGGGCCGCGCGGAUCUGGGGCUGCCGUGGCGGAAUUCGGGCGAAUGGUUGGCAGCUGGAGCUGGAGUUGGGUCGAGUUGGUUUGGCGAGUUUAGGCGGAGGGAGGAAUUUGGGGGGGGAAGGAGGAAGAGCUGGUUUGGUUGCUGGGUGGCCGCGUGUGGUACAUGCGCCCCGAGGCCCCUGCUCCUGCCGCCGCCGCCGCCUCGCCGCCGUCGUUGGGAAGCGAUGAUCGAGCAGUUCGUCAACUUCGUCAUCCGGCCGCCUCGUGCAGAGUACAACCCAGAUCAGUAUUUAUGGGAGCCAGAGUUUACUCUUGCCGGGAGGAAGUACAAAAGGCUAGAUUUGGAGCUCACAAAUGAAAGAAGUCAGACCUUAAAAUGCAGCCACUAUGUUCCUGCUGUCAUCCCAGAAGACACUCCCCUUCCAUGUGUUAUCUACUGUCAUGGAAAUAGUGGAUGCAGAGCAGAUGCAAAUGAAGCCGCUGUAAUACUUCUUCCCUCAAACAUCACCCUUUUUACUCUUGACUUUGCGGGAUCAGGGCUGUCAAGUGGAGAGUAUGUGAGCCUUGGUUGGCAUGAGAAGCAGGAUCUCAAAUGUGCAGUGUCCUUUCUGCGUAAUAAUAAGCAAGUUUCUUGUAUAGGCCUUUGGGGGCGCUCAAUGGGCGCUGUUACAAGCCUGCUGUAUGGAGCAGAAGACCCCUCAAUCGCCGGCAUGGUUUUGGAUAGUGCUUUCUCCAACUUAUAUGACUUAAUGAUGGAGCUUGUAGAAGUAUACAAAAUACGAGUUCCUAAGUUCACGGUUAAGAUGGCUGUUCAGUACAUGCGACGUGUCAUUCAGAGAAGAGCUAAAUUUGACAUAAUGGAUCUUAAUGUUGUCCAGUUUGCACCGAAGACGUUUAUUCCUGCAUUAUUCGGACAUGCAUCGAAUGAUAUGUUUAUUCAGCCACAUCACACUGAACGUAUCCACGAAGCAUAUGCGGGGGAUAAAAAUUUAAUCAAAUUUGAGGGUGAUCACAAUUCCCCAAGGCCCCAAUUUUAUUAUGAUUCUGUUUCAAUAUUCUUCUAUAAUGUUCUUCACCCACCUCAAUUUCCUUCAACAUGCUCCAAUAAAUUUGACAAGUAUUACAACCUUGGUGCUUUCAAGGGUGGUCCUGGUACAAAUGAGAGCUUAUUGUAUGAGAUCAUCAAUGGUCUACGGGCAGCAGGCACUGAUGCUGGCAGUUCAUCCGCUGCUACAACUAAUUUCACAAAUGCUACAAAAUCAGUAGUUGAGUUGCUGACAGAGAGGGUAAAUCAGCUAUCGGUUAAAAAUGAUAAUGACUUGGAUUUCCUUUUGGAUGAAAAUCAUAACCUCACUGAGAUGGACGGCAACACAGCUGAGUGUCCUUUAGAGAAGUUUUCUUUACAUGUUAGGAUAAAGCAAACAGACAAACUGAGGAAUGCUGCUCAUACACUAGCUCAAACAGAGAGAGCUGGGGAAGAUGUUCUUCCUUGGGUGCAGCUAGUGAUGGAUCAUCAUCAGGCGAACGUACUGGGAUACCCAAUCAUAAGCAUGAGAGCAUGACACUAAGGGCUUUAGCGACACCACUGAGACGGAUACGAAGGAAGCCUCUCACAAUCCCGAAGGAGAAGAAGAAUCGGUCCCUAUGGAAGAGGCUAAAGAAAGAGAGGCAAGAGAUGGGGGAGAACUUAUCCCAGCGUCUCCGGCUGUGUCUCCAAGGCCAGGCCCGACAUAAGAGAACUAAAUCAUCUUGACAACUGUGAAUACACAUUUAACUCAGACAAAUCUGCUAGGAACUCGCUGAUGAUUCACCAACAGAGCUGCACCGCCAUUUGGAGUUUCUGACAUUCAGCGCCAAAUCAUGCUGUGUACAUUGGUUGGUCAUUACUUAGAAUCUUCUGUCAGGUCAUCGAUUGUUCCAGCCCCAAUGUGUGUUACCUACCAAACAUUCCAUAUUCGUUCGUUAUUAUUUUUUUUAAUUUAAUCCUGUAAAUUCCAUGGCUGUAGAAUUGCUCCAUGUGACUUGUGAUUGGGGAAGGGGCAUCAAGGCAUUGCUUUCUGGAUUUUGUGUAGGGUUUGAAGGUUGAGUUGUAUCGACAGAUUCUCUCAUUUCUGUGUUGAUCGUUAACUUCUCUUAUUUCGCUA